AUGCCGCUCCCUCUCGUAGCGUCCAUGGCGCGAUCCGACGACGUCAACAAUUACAGGUCCUACUACUGGAGCUCGCUGCUCUUGUCCCGGCGCGAGGACUGGGGUGACGAAGUGAACAUCGUGGAGUUCGUCCACUUGACCGACCCCGAGCCGUCAUAUUGCCCGUCAUUCAAUGUAUCAGCGGCGCUGGCCACUCCAUUUCGCUCCCAUCGAUGA